AUGCAUUAUUCAUGGAUAACAUUACUUGACAUUAUUAUUGCUAUUGCUAUUACGAAUGAUGAUGAUGAUGAUGGUGACAGUGUUGUUGGUAUUAAUGAUGGUGAUAAUUAUCAUCAUUGCUUGAUUGAGAGAAAAAUGAAACGAGGAAAUUUGAAAAUUUAUUUGUUAUUAAUCAGAAUAAUGAACUGUCCACUAUAA